CGCCGGUGGAGGGCACUCAUAAUACAGCUCGAGCUACGGCGUCUCGGUUUGGACCAAAAGUGUCGUUGCCAAUCCAUCAAUGACGAUGAGUGACACGAUUUUUGAAGAAUUAGAAGAUUUGAUGCAUUUUUCUGUCGCCGAUUUGCCCGCUCGUGGAUAUGCAGUGAUGGAGGAGAUCCGACGACAAGGGAAACUGUGUGAUGUUACCCUAAAGGUAGGAGAGCACAAAUUCAGUGCUCACAGAAUAGUCCUUGCUGCUUCUAUUCCGUACUUCCAUGCCAUGUUCACCAAUGACAUGGUGGAGUGCAAACAGGAUGAGAUCGUCAUGCAGGGCAUGGACCCCAGUGCACUUGAAGCCCUAAUAAACUUUGCCUACAACGGACACAUAGCCAUAGACCAACAAAACGUCCAGGCCCUUCUGAUAGGGGCCAGUUUCCUGCAGCUCCAAAAUGUCAAAGAUGCUUGCUGCUCUUUCUUACAACAGAGGUUGCAUCCAAAGAAUUGCCUUGGUGUGCGGCAGUUUGCAGAGACUAUGAUGUGCACCACGCUUUAUGAUGCAGCCAACAGCUUCGUUCACCAGCACUUUUUCGAGGUAUCCCUGUCUGAGGAGUUCCUGGCCCUUCGGCCGGAGGAGGUGCUUGAGCUUGUGGGCUGCGAUGAGCUCAAUGUCCAAGCAGAGGAGCAGGUGUUUGAGGCCGUACUUGCUUGGGUAUGGCAUUCACGUGAAGAUCGGGAGUCGCAGUUACCAGAGUUAAUGUCUAAAACCCGACUGCCUCUAUGUCGACCUCAGUUUAUUGCUGACCGAGUCCAACAAGAUGAGCUUGUGCGCUGCUGCCACAAAUGCAGGGACCUUGUCGAUGAGGCGAAAGAUUACCAUCUGAUGCCGGAGCGACGUCCACACCUCCCAGCCUACAAAACACGACAGAGAUGUUGCACCUCCAUCGCGGGCUUAAUCUAUGCAGUUGGGGGCCUCAAUAGUGCUGGUGACUCAUUAAACGUUGUGGAAGUAUUUGAUCCCAUUGGAAACUGUUGGGAGCGAUGCCAACCUAUGAGCACAGCCCGCAGUCGAGUGGGUGUCGCUGUCGUGAACGGGCUGCUUUAUGCCAUCGGUGGUUAUGACGGUCAGUCGCGGCUCAGAACGGUGGAAGUUUACAAUCCAGAAACUGACACAUGGGCCAAAGUUGCUAGCAUGAAUACACAACGCAGUGCAAUGGGAACAGUCGUAGUUGAUGGACAUAUAUAUGUCUGUGGUGGAUAUGAUGGCAAGUCCUCUCUAAACUCAGUUGAGUGCUAUUCUCCAGAGACUGACAGAUGGACGAUAGUUACAGAAAUGAGUGCAAGCCGCAGUGCUGCUGGUGUUACUGUAUUUGAAGGCAGGAUAUAUGUUUCGGGUGGUCAUGAUGGUCUACAGAUCUUUAACACAGUGGAGUACUACAACCAUCAUACAGCGUUAUGGCACCCUGUGGCUCCCAUGAUAAACAAGCGCUGUCGGCAUGGCGCCACAGCCUUUGGCAGCAAUCUGUACGUGGCAGGAGGAUAUGACGGCUCUGCGUUCCUCAGUGGAGCAGAAGUGUACAGCUCAGUAGCAGAUCAGUGGAGCCACCUAGUGGCCAUGAACACUCGACGCAGCCGCAUUUCUCUGGUGGCCAAUUGUGGUCGACUCUAUGCAGUGGGAGGUUAUGAUGGACAGUCCAAUCUCAGCUCUAUGGAAAUGUAUGACCCAGAAACUAACCGUUGGACGUUUAUGGCACCAAUGGUUUGCCAUGAAGGCGGGGUAGGGGUGGGCUGUAUACCCUUACAGCCUGCUUAACUCCACAGCCUCCCUCAGCCCAUUAGGACAUUUUCAUUAUUUAAAAAGAAAUGGCUUUUGUACUGAGUGGUGUAACAAAAGGCAUUCAUGACCCUUGGUUCACAUGUUUGUAUCAGAGAUCCUAUUAUUUAGGCUUUUUAUUGAGAAAAGCCUAAACAGCAGAUUUGCCAGUACACCUUUAAUGGUGAUGUAACCCUGUUUUGUUCUUUUUGACAACCAAAUGUAGAAUUAACACGUGCAUUUCGAAGACAUUUACAGGAAAUGGGCCGCUGCUAAAAAGCACACUUCUGCACUGUUAUCAGAUAGUGUAUAUCGUGGGCACAUUAAAACAUCAGCUGUUGGGGAGUAUCAUCAUAAUGUAUACAUAUUAAGUUGUAAUGUUAUUCCUCUAAACUGGAAGCCAGUUCAGAUUUCUAGACAGGUGAAAGUUAAUCACUGUUAACCCGAGCCAUAAUUGGGAGAGUAUAAUUAAGAAGGAUAAACUUGUUUUUAAUCAUAUUUUAUCACAAAAUGUUCUUACUUCGAAGUACUAACGGUAUUUUACUUGGGAUAUUGAUGGGAAUUUAAUGUGAGCAACUGACUUUUUAUUUGUAUGUGCAAAACAUCUGCUAGAUGUGCCAUGACUUUACACUUAACAUAGGGCUAUUUUUUUUAUUUGACCACUUUAUUGACUUGAAUUGCUGAAAGAAAACGUCUUUUUGAUUUGGGGAUGACUGAUCAGAUCACCAGCUGGGAUAGAUGGGUUGUGGUGUACCCAUCCAAUCCCGUGACUUGCUUUUACUUUUAAUUUGAUCUUCACAUUUUCGAGAACCAGCACACUUAGCAGUGAAAGGGAAAUUGACGUAGGACUAUUUUCAGAUAUGUGCUUUCAGGAUUAUCUAGUAUAGUGGCUUCACAUCCUCUUAUUGAACUGUGAGUAUUGGAGAUUUAAAUGAAACAUUCCCUCAUGUUUUGUGCAAAAAUUAUCCAAAUUGUGUUUCGUAACUGUAUAAAGGUAUACAUUUUCAACUUGAUGGUUUUCAAACAACACAUCUGAAAUUAGGAUUACUGACUGUGAAUUUUUAAUACGGUUUCUAUAUUCUCAUAAUACCAGUACUGCGUUUCUCUGCUGAUUCAUUUUGUAUUAACUUCCAAUUGCGAUGCAGUAUUUCUUCUUCUAAUUUAUUGUUAGCUGUAAUCUGUCCUGUUUUUAUAGCAUUGCACAUGGUAGUUUGUCACAUAAAUGAGAAUCAAGUUUACAUUUUACAGAAAUCUAAUAUAUAUAUGGAUCACAUCUCUGUAUGUGUUUGAAUAUCCUCGGCUACCUCCGUUUUGAGAUGGGAGAGCUCAACAGGGACAAACAUCGAGUCUGCCGCCCCUGUUAGCUUUUAAACAUUUCCAUGUAACCUCAAGGAACGGCAUUAACUGAGAUCUUCUGUGUGGGACUAAAAUAUUCUUUUUCACAUAGUUCCUAAAUGUCUUAAAUAAAGAUUGAUUUUAUGGACACAA